AUGCAAUUCCGCCGUCUUGCUGUGCUCGCACUUGUUAGCGAGGUGGCGGCGAUCGACUACCCUGGCGGCUGGUUACCAGACAGCCAGCAAUGCGUGGAUAUAUGUGCACGCGCGUCGCCGAUCCCGGUCUGCCCGACGCAUGACCCGUCGUGCCUCGCCAAGAAGCAACGCCCCGGAGACUACGACUUUCUUCUAUUGGAACAACUCUUCCUUCCGCAGUUUUGCCGUGAUCUGCUGGUAGGCGUGGACCUCACCAUAUCGCACCGAAAUGUGAACAAGUAUCCACAUGGCAUCAUGUGUGAGCCUUCCAAGGCUGUCAGCAAACUCUCCAUCCACGGCCUUUGGCCCAACUACUUCACCGGCUUCUCUGCUUGCUGCAACGUGAGCGACACCAUCCGCAAUCAGCCGUUCGACGCGCUUGGCUUUGCUUCAGAGUCGCCGGAGCUGCUGAGACAGAUGGACGAGCUUUGGGUAGACCCCACGCAGCCAUCGAGCUUUCAUACCCUGUGCGAGCUAUACAAUCACGAGUUCCAGAAGCAUGGACUGUGCUACGCUGCCAAUGGUGGGACAAACUUUGACGCCAGUGCACGAGAAUACUUUAGGGCAGCAAUGCGCGCUGCUGCUGUCAAUAAGGAGGCCACUGACACGAUAAACAAAUGGGCCAUGGCGAGUGAUCCGAAGACGACAUUGGCUGCUAUAACGGCGCUUUAUAAGACACGGGUGCAGGUUCUGUGCUCGGCAAUAGCACCACUCGAUGGCAGCAAUGGAGGCGGGGGUGGUAAUUCUCUAGCCGCCAUCCACGUGUGUUUCAGCAAACCAAACAAUACUUCGGCCUCUCUGACCCCAAUUGACUGCAAGGAUGCGUCUUCGACCGCUGUCUUUAUUCCUUGCAACCCUGGAAUUCCCAUCACGCUAUCGAAGUAUUCUCCACCUUCGACAGUGCUGCCGGCUGCUGUGUACGCACUGUAG